CUGCUCUUCAUAUCUCCAUCUCUUAACUACCCGCCAUUUCUACGUGGUACAUACAAUCUUUCUCUACUUUCUUCCUCUCUUUUUUUCUUAUCCCGUGAUGACCAGCUCCAACAGCAGCUCAAGAAGCCGGAACCCUAGCUUCGGCGUAGGCUCAACUCCGGAUCCAUUUGCUUACUCUGCAACCUCUACUUACUCUGAAUCAUCUGUCUCCCGCAAAUCCGGUUCAGCCCGAAAUCCGAUCAAGGUUGUCGUCCGGUACAUCGUCGGUGCCUUUGUCGCGUGUUUUACGCCUCCGGAUUCAGAAGGAUACAAGAAAUUUGGGGUUUCAGAUGAGUUUAGAGCUCCUUCCGUUGCACCGAAAAUGCCAAGAACGAACGGCGAGAGGAGGGGCUCGAAUCGAGCUAUUUAUUCGAAUUCAACAAGGGAGAAAGUGCCUGGGAGCAUGAAAUUCACGAUGGAGGAAAUUUUGAAGGCCACGAGGAACUUCUCCCCUGCAUUCAGGAUUGGACAAGGUGGAUUUGGGACGGUUUAUAAGGGAAGGCUUGAUGAUGGAACUUUUGUAGCUAUUAAACGUGCUAAAAAGAGUGUAUGUGAUAAGCAUUUAGGUGUGGAAUUCCAAAGCGAAAUAACAACACUGGCACAAGUGGAACAUUUGCAUUUGGUCAAGUAUUAUGGGUAUUUAGAGCAUGGGGAUGAAAGGAUUGUUGUUGUGGAAUACGUGCCUAAUGGAACCCUUAGGGAACACUUGGAUGGUGUGCAUGGAAAAGUUCUUGAGCUUGUUGCACGGCUUGAUAUAGCUAUUGAUGUGGCCCAUGCAAUCACCUAUCUUCAUAUGUAUACAGAUCACCCAAUCAUCCACAGGGACAUAAAGUCUUCCAACAUUCUCCUUACCGAAAAGCUUCGAGCCAAAGUUACCGACUUCGGUUUCGCUAGGUUGGCUGCUGACAUAGAUUCUGGUGCAACCCAUGUGUCUACACAAGUUAAAGGAACCGCCGGCUACCUCGAUCCGGAGUAUCUAAGAACCUAUCAACUAACAGAAAAGAGUGAUGUUUAUUCAUUUGGUGUAUUAUUGGUUGAACUAGUCACAGGCAGGCGACCUAUUGAACCGAAACGAGAACUCAGGGAGCGGAUAACAACAAAAUGGGCGAUGGAGAUGUUUAACGACGGUGCUGCCAUUUCAGCUUUGGAUGCAAGGCUAAAACUGACCAUGGGGACUAACUUAGCCAUCGAAAAGAUUCUUGAGUUAGCCUUACAAUGCCUGGCUCCUUGUCGACACAACCGGCCUGGUAUGAGGAAGUGUGGGGAGAUCCUAUGGAGCAUCCGAAAGGAUUAUAGAGAACUAUCGGCCAUGGACCUUCGUUCUUAUUCAUCUAAUUUCCAAUGAAGUGGUUCAGUUAGAGAAAUGUAAACAAAAGGCUCACUAAGUUACAAAUAACAAAGUGUUGUUGAAUCUAAACCAGCAUACAAAUGUACAGAGAAAUCAGUACAGCGCCCUGCCUUAAGGAUCAAUUUAGAAUCCGUCAUCAACAGAGGCAAGAUUAUGCAGGAAAUGUACUCGUCUGGUUUGGAUUAUGU